ACAAAAGGCUCAGUGUUCGUGGCUGUAUUCAGAGAUCCCAAAAUAGCAUUGAGUAAGCAGUGACAUACUGACAUUGUUGAGGCAGUAAAAGCACAAAGUCUGUAACUCAGAGCAGAGCAGUGUAUCGAAAUUUUGUUAAGAAGCCUGUGAGACAAUUAAGUACGAUCUUUGCUACUAUGCCUCAUGUGUUUCAUAAGAAGUUUGAGUUUCAGUGUCCUUCAAAUUUCUGGAAUUUGAAGCUUUACAGGAAUGUAACAGACAUUUAAGUGUAAAAAAAGAUUAUAAAGGAACACAAGAUUUUUGUUUGCAACAUCCUGUUUCCUAUCUCCUAUGAAGAGUAACAGCUGGAAUUCAGAGACAUCAGGAUGGAUUGUUUUAUCUUCCUACCUUUCCUGCUGGGAAUUCCUCUCCUAUGGCCUUGUCUUAAGGCUACAGAAAACCCUAAAACAGAGAAGGUUAAGCAACCAGAGGGAUCUCACUUAAGAGUGAAGCGUGGCUGGGUGUGGAACCAAUUUUUUGUACCAGAGGAAAUGAACACAACUAACCAUCUCAUUGGACGGAUAAGGUCCGAUUUAGAUAAUGGAAAUAACUCUUUCCAGUACAGACUUCUGGGAGUUGGAGCUGGAAGUAUUUUUGACAUUGAUCCAAAGACAGGUGACAUCUAUGCCAAACAGAAGCUCGAUAGAGAAGAACGAUCCCUCUACACUCUGAGAGCCCAGGUGACAGACACCACUGUUGGAAAGAAUGUGGAAACAGAGUCUGAGUUUGUCAUCAGAGUUUUGGAUAUCAAUGACAAUGAACCAAAAUUCCUACAUGGACCUUACGAAGCCGUUGUACCUGAAAUGUCUCCAGAAGGGACAUUUGUCAUCCAGGUGACAGCAAGUGAUGCAGAUGACCCUGCUACUGGCAACAAUGCUCGUCUCCUUUACAGCUUACUACAAGGCCAAGCAUACUUCUCUGUUGAACCAACAACAGGAAUCAUACGAAUAUCUUCUAAGAUGGACAGAGAACUACAAGAAGAGUACUGGAUCAUUAUUCAAGCCAAAGAUAUGAUUGGGCAGCAUGGUGCUUUGUCUGGAACUGCAAGUGUAUUAAUCAAACUUUCAGAUAUUAAUGACAAUAAGCCUAUAUUUAAAGACAGUUUUUACCGCCUGACAGUCUCUGAAUCUGCACCCAUGGGGACAACUAUAGGAAGAAUUACAGCAUAUGACAAUGACAUAGGAGAAAAUGCAGAAAUGGAAUACUUCAUUGAAGGCGAUGAUUCUCAAACAUUUGACAUCAUUACCAAUAAUGAAACUCAAGAAGGUAUAGUUAUAUUAAAAAAGGAAGUGGAUUUUGAGCAGCAGAACCAUUAUGGCAUUAGAGCCAAAGUUAGAAACUGCCAUGUAGAGAAGGAGCUCAUGGAAUACCACGAGGAAACUUCCAGCACUUACAUUAGGGUCCAAGUGGAAGAUGUUGAUGAACCUCCUGUUUUUCUCCUUCCAUAUUAUGUAUUUGAAAUUUUUGAAGAAAAUCCACAUGGAUCAUUCAUAGGCACAGUGUCUGCCGUAGAUCCAGAUCAAAGGAAAUCACCUAUCAGAUACUCUAUUACCGGAAGCAAAGUGUUCAGUGUCCAUGGCAAUGGUACAAUCAUUAAUACUGACCACCUUGACCGGGAGACCAGUGCUUGGUACAACCUAAGCGUCACAGCCAUAGAAAGAGACAAUGCACAACAGUUCUCUUCAGUCCCUGUGUAUGUACAAGUGCUUAAUAUUAAUGAUAAUGCUCCUGAGUUCUCACAAUAUUAUGAGACUUAUGUGUGUGAAAAUGCAGACUAUGGUCAGACAAUCCAGACCAUCAGUGCAGUUGAUAGAGAUGAAUCCGUGGAAGAGCAUCACUUUUACUUUAACCUAUCUGUGGAAGACACAAGCAACUCAAGUUUUAUAAUCAUAGAUAAUCAAGAUAACACAGCUGUAGUUUUGACUACUAGAACUGGUUUUAGCCUUCAAGAAGAACCUGUCUUUUACAUACCCAUUUUGAUUGCUGACAAUGGAAUUCCACCACUUACAAGUACAAACACCCUAACAGUAUAUGUUUGUGACUGUGACGACAAAGGGAAUGCCCAGAUCUGCAGCAAUAAGGAAUUAAGCUUUUCCAUGGGAUUUGGGAUAGAAGUAAUUGUUGCAAUUUUGAUCUGUGUUACAGUAAUAUUUGGAUUUAUAUUUUUGAUUUUGGCUCUUAAACAACGAAGAAAACAGACUCUAUUUCCUGAGAAAAGUGAAGAUUUCAGAGCGAAUAUAUUCAGAUAUGAUGAUGAGGGGGGCGGAGAAGAAGACACGGAGGCCUUCGAUAUUGUAGAGCUGAGAAACAGCACCAUAAUGCGGGAGCGGAAAGUUCGGAAAACCGCCAGCUUGGAGAUCCGGAGUCUGUACAGGCAGUCUUUGCAGGUUGGCCCAGAUAGUGCUGUUUUUAGGAAGUUCAUUCUUGAAAAGCUGGAGGAAGCAAACACUGAUCCAUGUGCCCCGCCCUUCGACUGCCUGCAGACCUAUGCCUUUGAGGGAACAGGGUCUUCAGCUGGUUCCCUGAGCUCCUUGGGAUCAGUUGUCACUGAACAGGAUGAAAACUUUGAUUAUCUCAGUGACCUGGGACCUCGCUUUAAAAGAUUAGCGUACAUGUUUGGUUCUGCAGUGCAGUCAAACAAAUGAGGCAUCAGAGCAUCAAGAUUCAAAAGUGUUAACCUGUGAUUGGUAGUUCACCUAAAUGGAAGUCUUUUGUUUGACAAUGUUAUGUGCUUUGGCUGCCCACGGGUGAGGUCUCCUGCUUAACAGUUUUCUAAUAUCAUUGCAACACACACCCCAAGAUUAUUUCAAAGGACUCACGUUUUGUCUUUGAACAAACAGUUGAAAGAUAUUUUAAUAAUGAGAUCUUAGAUGUCAGUGCAAACCAUUUUGAGUAUGACUCAAAAAUAUUAAGAAAGGAUAUACUGAAAAAUUCCUGUAAAAAUAAUCAUUUCAAAGUAUUUUUGAACGGCUAUUGUUUGAAAGGCCCUUAAUAAUACUAUGUUAAUAUUAUUUAUGCAUAUUUUUAUUCUUACAACAUAAGAACAAAUCAUUUAUCUGGGUUAAGUCGCUGAUAAUACAGAGAUAAACAUUAGCACCUGGAAGACUCUGGGUGCUUAUAUAGCGGUGUAAACACAUUUACUUAAUAUGGGUAAGCAGGUUUCUGAAUGAGAUUCUGUGAAUCAUGUUUGUUUGAUAUUUUUUAAAUCUUUGCCAAGAUCACUUUUAAAAUCUAUUUUCAAAUCUCUGUGCAUAUGAAUUAACUAGAGAUAUAUAUUGUAAGUUUGUAUUGUUUUUGAUACUACAGCUUUGUACAAAAUGGUAGAAGAAAAUAUGAUUUUUCAUAGAUCAUGUUCAUCGACAGCUUAAAAUACACUUUUGUCAUGUCAAAAUACAAUGGCUAGAGCUAAGGAUAUAGCUCAGAAGCAUAAAGUCCUGUCUGGCAAGUGUAAGAUCCUGAGUUUGAUUCUCAGUACCCCCCUCCAAAAAAAAUAUGGUGGCUACUUGCAUCUUAGUAUUUACGCAUCAUUAAAUUAAACUCUAUGAAAUGAGUCAAAAGUAUGAAAAUUUUAAGUAGAUUUUUAUUUCUCCUAACAUUUUAUGAAAACAAAAGUACUGUUGGGUUUAAACUUGAAUUAUUAUACUUAUUAACUCUAGUAACUCAGUAUUCAUGUAAUAAAAUGUGAUUACAAUUCUCAGCAUUUCCUUUUCUAUUAAGGAUACAGGAAAAAAUCUCAUGAUGCGUCAGUGCUGUGUGCUUUUUAGAUCCAGUAUAAAAACGAUAGUACUUUGAAGAAAGUAAAUGCUUAAUGAUUAGACAUAGCUUUAGGGUGACAUUAGAAUAUAAAAUAAUAAAAUGUUUUUCAUUUUAAUUGACAUUUUAAAAUGAUAAAUAUUAUGUCGGAAUGAAGAUGAACUUCAAAAGAGUUGAAUAGUAAAUAUAGCAAUGAAAACAAUGUCUUUAAACUGGUUUACACGACCACUUUUAUUAAUGGCGUGUGAGUCUUAGCUGAAUCUAACUGUAUAUAUUUAAAUCAAAUGCUGCAUUUCAAGUAAUGUAGCACUGUGUGUCAACUGUUCAGUGGCUGUCAUAAUAUUUCUGUACUUUCAAAUUUAAACAUACCAUAGAGUAAAAAUUUUAUCAAUAGAAAGUGGGAAUUACGAUGUUGAUAAAACAGGAGAUUUUACUUUACAAAAAUUGAGAAAAUCAAAUUUGAAAUGUAACAGUUUAGGAAGAUAUUGCAAACAGAUAGCAAGAUAUAAACUGUAGUGAAUUCUUAUGUAUUAAUAUCAUUAAAUACCGAGGACAAAGUCAAAACACUGAACAAAAAUGUCUUAAGAAGUAUAAACUUGAGGCUAGAGAUAUAGUUCAGUGGCACAAAAUCUGGGGACAGAAAAAAGCAUAUACUUAUAAAUAAAAUAGAAUAGAUUUGAGAAUGAAGAAAAUCUUAACAUUUCUAUCAUACUGUGUUGGGAGCCGCGGCCGAGCCCGGUCGUCUUACUUGGCGGACGUGAGGCCUGUAGGAAGGAGCAAAGCCUGAGCUAGAUUACCCCUCCCAUCGAGUGUGCUAAGAUGGCGCUUGUCUCCUGCUUCCUGCUUGGUAAACAACCCGCUCUGUAAGAUAGUCUGCCUAGCAAUAACUGAUGUUAGCCAAUCAGCCCGCAUCGCGCGCUUUGAACUGAUUGGCCACUGUAACCUUAUAAAAGUGAGUGCCUCUCCCGCCAGAGGGAGAAGCACGGAAGGAGCCGCGGGGAGCGGACCAGUUGAGGCUUCGGCCGGGUAGGAUCCCGGUGCAGACUGUGAGGAAGACAAAUAAAGAAAAGCUUGUCCACCACGAAACCCUGUUGCGUGCUGUUCCUGCCGGCCGGGAGCGACACCGACAAUACUGAUUUAGAAAUCAGGAGCAUAGCUGGAAAAAUUAUCAUGAAUGACUCCAUAUAAGGUUUUUCACUGUAUUUUAAAAAGAAUAACAUGCAAUUCUCAUUUAACAACUGGAAAAUAUGAAAUUACAAAAAACACACCUCAUGAAUCAAUCCAUGUAAAGUAGAGUAGAAAAAAUAGAAUUCUGUGUAUCACAAUAUGUUUUGUCAUGAAUAAAAUGUUGAACAUAUGUUAAAGAACUUUUAAAACAGUACAAUAUCUGUUACUAGAGGUUUAAUGCUUGUGACCAGUGGCACUGAAAACCUUUUUAAAAAGUAUAUGCUGAUUUUGUCAGCAAUAGGAUUGUCAAUCAUUUAGUACACUGCAAAAGAGCCUGAAAAGUAAGUCCACUUUAUCCAUAACAAAAGAAAAUUUCUAAUUUUAGGAGUGAGGUCAAAACUUCCUGGAUAAUUAUGCUUGGCGAUAUUUCAAAACUAAGAUUUUUUUUUGACUAAUUAUAAGGGUGUUAUAUAAGCAUAGCUCUUUCCUAAGCUAGAAAUAUCACUUUAUGUUUGUAAGUUAAGUAAAUCUAAAUGACUGCAGAUAAUUAUGAAGAUGACACAAAUUCACAAUAAGACCACUGAUAUUUAAAUAUCACUCUCACCUGACUUACAGGUGAAGCAUAGUUUAAUGUUAUAAACCAUUAAGUUGCUAAUAGUCAAAGUAUUUUAAAUAUAUUAUAUUAAUCAGAAACUUUAGCAGUACUAAUAACUAAGUGCAUAUACUUGAGCCUUCAAUAUGAAUUUAAUUAGUUGCUUCUGUGGGAACUUUACCACAACUAUCUAAUCUUUUUAUAUUUCAUUCUGUAAUCUAUAAAAUGAGGUCCAAUCCACUUAUUUCCUAUGAUUGUAGUGGGAAAUACACAAUAAAAUAGGUAAAUUGGCAUUAUAUACAAUAAUUGGCAAAAUGUAAAGACUCAACAAAAUGUCACAAUUCAAUACCCGCAUCCUGUAACUGCUGACUGGAAGCAGGUCCAUUCUGUACUCACACUCCAUCACCCCAAUGGCUUCACAGCACAUCUCAAAUAUAAGUCGGCUUCUAAUGUGAUUCAUCCAUUGUAUAAUAUUUUCCUGUUCUCAUUUCUGCAGUCUGCCUUCCGUUCUCUUUCUAUCUCUAGUAAUUUAAUUCUGAUAUUUCAUAUUCUAUAUCUGAUACAAUCUUCCUUCAAACACUUACAUUUUUCAUUCUUGCACUGCAGUCAACUGGUCCUCUCUGAGACAGACACACCUGACUACUGUUUACCACUUGUGGUACUUGCUUUGUCUUUUAAAAAUAAAAUCAUGUAGGGACCUGGUAAUAUCAUGUAUCAUAUCAUAUCAUAUAUCAUAUAUCAUAUCAUAUAUAUAAUAUAUAUAUAUUAUUUGUCAUAUUUCUUACUUAUUAAAAUGUAAUCUUAUGUGGGUAAAGAGUUGACAGUCUUAUUUUUUAAUAGUGUCUCUAAUGGUUUCUAAAAAAUGAAAACUAGCAAUAAAUAUAUCUUGACUCAAUGUAAUUGUACCAAUUUAGUCAUAUAUAUAUAUAUAUAUAUAUAUAUAUAUAUAUAUAUAUAUUACAUUGAUUUCCUCUAUUACUAUGGAAUAUUAAAACAAUUAAUGCAGGGUAGUUUGCUACAAGAAAUAAUUUUCAAAAUUUUCUAUAAAUUUUAUAAAGUGAGGCUUUUAGGUUAUUUAUGAUCAAUGAUAACAAACCUGGGUGGGGUUAGUGAUGUUAGUCUAUUCAGACAAAACAAGUCCUGUAAUCAUCAUUGUGGAAAGUUUCGUAGGAAUACAUUCUCAUGAAGUGUCAGAAAUAUGAAAACUUCAUAUGCAUUUGGAUCCUGUUUCACAACAUAGAGUACAAUACAGUAAUAAAUACAUUGUAAAAUGCACAGAUCUAUUCAAAUCCCCAAGUUGAUUAGAAUUUGUGUAUAUCAUUUGUAGCAUUAUUAGUACAUUUAUGAAAAGCAAAGGCAAUAAUUCCAUAAAUGAAGUAUUUAAACAUAUCUAUUGAACUAGCUAGUUAUCAAAUUUCCUAUUUCUUGGGAAAGGAAAGACUGGUAUUCCAAUCACAAGGGAGAGCCUUUGGGAUUCCUAGAUAAUUUUCUAUUUGUUUUCCUUAGAGAGCUCUGUGGAGAGCUGGCUGACCAUCUGAAGUGCCAGGGGAGGGGCAAGAAUGGGAUGCAUUUCCUAGCCUUGAGGAGGCAGAGCUUCAUGCUUUGGCUGUAGGUUAAAAGACUGCUGCUGUAGAAACUUUGCAAGCAUUAUCAGAAGCUAAGAAAAAGUUCAAAUCAGUUAUUCAAGGACUGUAUGAGACACAUCAUGCAACAACAGAGGUCUCAAAUCUUUGGGAAGUGUCUAGAGAAUUCCCAUCUUUGAGAUGAGUCGUGAUGUACCCUAUGCCUGCAUGUAUUCUAGGACAGCGCUUCAGGCAUUGAGUGCCUGUCAUGACAGAGGCCGCUGGCUGGGAGAUUAGGAUAGAAUCAGUUUGUUUACAGCUUCUUCCAGUACCCAUCUAGACUCCAGGGGACCAGAAGUACCCAAGUAAGAGAGGACAGGAUACACACCUUCCCCGGGACAUUCAGUUGAGGUUUUAUGUUAAAUAGAAAGCAGACAUUUUUCUUCAUAUUUGAAAGCAACCAGAAGCUGUGGGAACUAGUAUUUGAUCAAAGCAGGUACCAGAAAUUCCAAUGCAAUAUUUCCAGAGUUGAAUGGAAGGAAAAUUUUCAUGAUGGUUCCCUUCAGUUAAAAACUAAUACAAAUUCAAUACAGAUAACAUAUCAAAUCAGUUUGUAUUUUAUAUAAUUCUAUAUAAUUCAAAUAAUAAUGUAAACAUCUAAUUUCUUUUUUUGUCUUUUUCGUUUUUAUCGGUACCAGGGAAUAUCUAAUUUCAAUAUAAUCCAUAACAAAGCAAAGAACUUACAUUUGUGAUAUUAUUAAAAUGUACAACUUUAUGUAAAAGCUGUAUUUAUUCAUUUUAAUAUUUAAACUAUAAUAUGCAUAAUUGAUUUGUGAGUUAUCUUAGUUAUAACUAAAACUAGGCAUGGUAGUUUUGGUAUUUUCAUGAAUAUAGAGAGAUAAAAUUCAAUAAAGCAUUUCAUCUAUAAAAGGAGGUAGAGAUGAUAUACAUUAUCCAUAUGAAAUAAUGUUAAAUAUUUCUUCAGUCUUACCUCAUUCGUAUGUUAUUUUCAAUUAUUUUUUCCGUUUGCUAACAUUUGUUGGUGUACAUCCUUAGGUAAGUUAUUUAAAAUAUUUUCUCAUGUUGCUUUAUCUGCACAAAGUUCAUAUUAUGAAUGUAUAAGCCAUAAGAUCAUUACAGAAAUAACUGGAGUUUUAAUAUAUGUAACAUAAUUACGUUACGUAUGUAAACAUACGUUUAAUAUACAUAAUGUAAUUGUGAAAAGUACAGAGCAAACACUUGAUGCUUGUCUUUUUUUAACUAAAAUAAUGUAAUCUUCACAUUACUAAUUUCAUCAGUAAGCAGGCUUAUAGAUCUACCUCUUUACUCAAGUACUGGACUCAAAAUGCUCAAGAUAAAAAAGUAAGAAAAUGAAUGAAUUUGGGACAAUAGUCAACUAAAUGUUACAUACGGUUUUCUUACUUUGACUAUCCAAGGGAAUGUUCCAUUAUUACCCAUAAAAGAAAUUAGUUGCUCAAGCUAUGUAUGGAAGAAUGUGAUUGAAAGUCAUUUUUCUAUGAAGUUUACUUUGGGGAAAAAGCUGUAAGUAGCAACCAGCUUUCAUAGCAAGUUUUGUAGAUAUACACACAAAAAAACCGGACCCAGUAGUUGGUUUUGGGAACAAAAAUUAUCACUGCAUUAUAGUAGAAGUACAUAGUACAAAAGAAAAGAGAAACCUGACAAUCCAAGAGAAAAUUUGCCAAAUAUUUUCUUAAUACCUAUUCACCAGAGUUCUAAUUUUAUACUAAUAUAUAGAAGUUAAUUUACACAGCAAAUUAUUAUCGUUUCUUAUAACACAAAAUGAAAAAUCAUGCACUUUUAACUUUCAAAUACUUUUCUUUGUCUUCUUUUAAAAAUAAUUUAUAGACACACUGCCAGGUGGUAGACACUGAGUGUAUUAUGCCAUCUCGCUUUCUUGUAUCUCAGCCACUCUUAGGGCUCAGGCAAGUUCCAGGCAUAUGUCCAACUAAUAGACACCUCAGUGUUCAGAAACUUUCUUAUCCCAGAUGACCUUUAUGUUAUUUGAAAAACUUUCUCUGUAGAGCUAAUUAUCUAUUUUUAACUCUAAAAUUUACAUAUAUCUGUACUUGAAAUGUUUAACUUACAUGUACCGAAUUUUAUCCUGUGAUUUGAAAAUGUUUCAAGUUUCAUUAAUUAUGGCAAUAAAUUUAGAAGCUUAUAUAUUGUUCAAUAUAUUUAUCAGUGAUAAUAUACACCAUUAAAUAGUAAUUACACAGUAAGUAACUAUUACAAUCAUUAAAACAAUAUAUCCCAAUAGCACACUUUUAACAACAAAAUUUUCUCACUGUAACAUAAUGAAGAUGCUUGUUAAUUUUCUCUUAAUGAUUAGAAAAGGAAAUCAUUAGCAAGAGACAUAUAAGGAAAAUGUGUUAACUGUGAAAAUUCUAAAGUUUUAUCAUUUGUAUUCACACAUCUUGAAUAAUAAGUCAGUAACAUAAAACAUGCUAUCCUGCUAGAUCCACUGAGAAUCUGCCUUUUGACUGCUAUGUAACAAGCCACAAAUAGAAUCUUAACAAACACUAGUGCCCUGGCUAAAAAGAGUGAAGCCCUGGUGGAGGUGAAAUGAAGGAUCACCGCCUAAGUGAGAAGUUACUGCUUAAUUUGGUCUCAAAGUUAGCCCAGCUCCCCUCUAUACAUUGCAGAAGCUUCGUCUCUCUGAGUUUUACUAUUGGCUUAAGGGGAAAAUUAUCGAAAAUGCAGGAAUCUGCAUUCUUUCUCUCUUUUUUCCCUGAAUAUACCAAGAAAAACUCUUCCAAAUUGAAGUAAAUCAGAGCCAUGAGCUUAAAUAUAACAUGGAUUCUCUUAUGUGAGAAACUGUUUCGAAAUAUGAAUAGAAGAAAAAUAAAAGAGAGUCAACAGGAAACAGGGAGAUAGAUCUUUUACAAAUGAGAAAGUAAUCUAGAAAGCGAGGAAGCAGGAGAGAAUUAGGAAAGGAAAAAAAUAAAUUGUGUUAUGUACAUGUACCAACUGUCUAUGAGGAAUGUGAUCAUUAUGUACUGCAAAUUCAUACUAAUAAACAAUAAAAAUUGAGAAAAAAAAACUGGUCCAAA